CCCAAUAAACAUACCCACAACACAGAUACACACUCACUGAUUAACACAGAAUUUCAAUUUAUACACCCAGAUUGAGAUCGAGAUGGCAGAAGUGAAGGUUCUAGGUGCUUGGGCAAGCCCUUUUAGCGCAAGAGUUGAGCUUGCUCUCAAACUCAAAGGAGUUGAGUAUGAAUUCAUACAAGAAGAUCUCUCCAACAAGAGCCCCUUGCUUCUCAAAUCCAACCCUGUCCACAAGAAAAUCCCUGUGCUCUUGCACAACGGAAACCCAAUCGCUGAGUCUCUUGUUAUUCUUGAGUAUAUCGAUGAGACCUUUCCGGGCACUCCCAUUUUGCCCAAAGAUCCUUACGAGAGAGCCUUGGCUCGUUUCUGGGCUAAGUUCAUAGACGAUAAGGUCGUGCCUGCAACGAUGAAAGUACGGUCUACCAAAGGCGAGGAGCAAGAGAAGGGAAAAGAGGAAGUUCGUGAGCUUCUGAAAGUUCUCGACAAUGAAUUCAAGAACAAGAAAUUCUUGGGAGGGGAGACGAUCGGGCUUGCAGAUAUAGCCGGCAAUUUCGUUGCUUUAUGGGUUGGAGUUUUGGAAGAAGUUUUGGAGUUGGAAUUGGGCGUGAAGGAAGAAAAUUUCCCUCAUUUAUAUCGCUGGAAACAGGAUUUCCUCAACUGCGAUAUAGUUAAGGAGACUUUACCUUCUAGAGAUAAACUUGUUGCCUAUUUCAGCAAGCGAUUCAAGCCCGCACCUGCAACUGCUUCUCAGUGAGCAUUUCUUUUAGAUUGAAAAGUUUGUAGUGGUGGAAGAGUUGUAAUAAAUUAAUGUUUUCUUACCAAGUGGCAUGUAGUCCACUAGUAUCCAAAUUGGUUUUUGAUAUGAGAGAUUUAAGGUUCAAGCCUU